AUGGUCUUUUCGCAUUACAUCGCCGCCAGCCCUUACAGUGCUGGUGGCAAUGUCCCGUACUGGGUGUGGUUGUUCAUCUCGGCCGAUCGCAACACCGCCGACAACUGCUUCCGGAUCCUGCAGGAAAACCUAGGCCGGACGCUGAAGGUCCCCAGCGGACCGACCUAUGGUGAUCGACGCUUUACACCGCAGGCCAUCACGCGUGCGUCACCGCGGUUCUGGACGGUGCAGAUCGGCGAGAACAACCUCGAGGCCUUCAGUGGACUGGGGGCGGCGGUGGCGCUCACCUCCGACACCGGCGAGACUGAUUCCGUGUUCCACCCCAUCAAGGGCAAGAUGCUCUGCUACUGGAUGGGGGCCUACAGCUCCGGCAUGUCGCGCGUUCUGCCGGAGCUGGGCCACGGCGACCGGGAGUUCGACACGCUGUCGGGCUACAGCUUCUUCGUGCGGCGCCGGGGCUACACCACCAGCUACUGGUACUGCGACGGCAGCAUGAUCUACCUGUCCGACACGAAGCGGUCGCGCUUCACCAUCACCAUCACCGACGCCGCGGGCACCCCCUGGACCCCUAAGGCCAAGGAGCGCGUGCCCCUCAUCUACUCCGACCACGUCGCCAUUUCCUGGUCCACCGCCAAGGGCAAGUCGCUGCGCGUGGGACUCGACGACCAAGACGACGGUCUGAUUGUCACCGGCGGCGACCAGCAGAUCUUUACCUUCCGCGACUUCAGCGGCCGGUUCUACCUGCGAGACCGCGAUGUUCUGCACGAACAGUCCCAUACCACCGUGCAGGGGGUCUGUUGGUCGGAUCGGGUGGCCUUUGAGGACAGUUUUGAGGUCUGUUACGGUAGUCACGCAGAUGAGUAUCUGUGA